CCGCCCGCUCACGCGCCGAAAAUAUUCCAACGUUAUAUCGUUAGAUAAUAUUAUUAUACUUGUUGUAAAAUAUUUAAAAAAAAAAAAAAAUAAUAAUAAAAAAAUAAAACGUUGUGAUAUCAUAAUAUUAUGAUGCUACUGUGCUAGUCCCGCGACGAAAGUCAGUGUAGGCAUACAAUACGUACGUCGACGAUAAUAUUAUUACAAUCAUUCGUGUACGGUAUUGCGAAAACGAUAGCGAAACAAUAAUAUAAUAAUAUUAUUCCGUCGUAAUAACGCCGACGAGAACAGAACAACAACGAUGUGUGGUACCUACCGUAACAAUAAUCGUUGACAAUAUACCUACCCACCGACACGAGCGAUCCAAUAGCGUGCGGCGCUGUCGUCAGUGGUUUUCCGCGGACGAUAAUAACAAUCAUCAUCAUCAUCAUCAUCAUCAUCAUUCCAUUAUCGCGCCGUCGUGUUCGAACACCGCUUACCGCGCUAUCGGUCCGAUUCGGUAACUGCAGUUCACGCGCGCGGCCGUUAGGAGGAGUGUAGGCGGAAGGACCGUCGCAGACGUUGCGUUUCGGCGGCGUCCGGCGCGUAGGUAGGUAUAUGGUGCCGGCGAUGGAACAGAACUUUACUCUGCGGCCGUGCGCCACGGACUUCUCGGUGGCCGCCAUACUGGCCCGGCGCGACCAGGGCGCAGUGGCCGCGGCCGCGGCCGUAGCGGCGGCUGCCGCGAUCGCGGGAAAGCGGCCCGCCUCGGCCACCACCACGGCCGCCGCCACCGCCGCCGCCGACGAACAGUCGUCGUCGUCGUCGCUGUCCACACCGUCGCCGCCGGACGACGGUGACGACAGGGACCAGCGCCGUCACCACGUGCACCACCAUCACAACCACCACCGCCGCCGUCACCAUCAGACCGUUGCCGCCGCCGCCACUGACGACGACGAAGACGGGAAACCAUUGAGAAAACGGCGUCUGAGCAGCGACACGAUGGUCACGAUCCGGUCGUCCCGGGAUUCGCCGGCCGACGAAAUAGUGAUAUCUUCGUCUACAUCCAGCCCGCCACCGCCAUCGGUCGUGGCUGCCACCGCAACAACAAAUCCGGUGCUCGAGGAACGGUGCAACUCGGAAGAGUUGCAGCACGUCAGCUGCAGGUUGGAGACCAAAGAUCUGUGGGACAAAUUCAACGAGCUCGGUACCGAGAUGAUCAUCACGAAAACGGGCAGGAGGAUGUUCCCGACUGUCCGUGUAUCGUUCAUGGGGUUGCGGUCGGACCAGCGGUACGCUGUGCUCAUGGACAUCGUGCCGGUGGACAACAAGCGUUACCGUUACGCAUACCACCGGUCUUCGUGGCUGGUGGCCGGCAAGGCAGACCCACCCGCUCCGCACAGGCUGUACACGCACCCCGACUCGCCGUUCACGGGCGAUCAACUGCGCAAGCAGGUCGUGUCAUUCGAGAAGGUAAAGCUCACCAACAACGAGAUGGACAAACAUGGACACCUGGUGUUGAACUCGAUGCAUAAGUACCAGCCACGCAUACACCUCGUGAAGAGAAACAGCGAGUCAACGGCCGGACAUUCUGUCGUAGACUUGGAAUCCGAAGAAUACAAGACAUUUGUAUAUCCGGAAACGACGUUCACAGCUGUCACUGCAUACCAGAAUCAAUUGAUUACCAAGUUGAAAAUCGACAGCAAUCCGUUUGCCAAAGGUUUCCGGGAUUCGUCGAGACUGACCGAAUUCGAAAGGGAAACGAUGGAGUCAAUGUUGAGCGAGCACCACAUGCUCAGGACGCCGUUGUUGGACCCGGGCGGCGGUCUCAGUCAGCUGACGGCCGAGGAACGGGCCGUGCUGGCAGCCAGGUCACAGUUAUUCCUGCGCGCAGCAGCGGCCGCGGCCGCGGUGAGCGGCCCGUACGGCCCGCUUUGCGGCAUAUACAACGCGGCCGCGGCGGCCGGCGGCCAACACCUGUGGAACCAGUGGGCGUCGAUGCAGGGCCCGGCUGGCCUCUACCAGCAGUUGGCCGCGGCCGGCGGCGGCGGUCCCACGGCCAUGGCGGCGGCCGCAGCCGCUGCAGCCGCCGCCGCUCAUCAGCAGCAGCAGCAGCAGCACCAUCACCACCAGCAGCAGCAACAACAACAGCACCACCAUCAACAACAACAACAACAGCAACAACACCACCACCAGAGUUUGUACCAACAACACCAGGUCGCGGCAGCGAACGGAUUCAGGUUCUCGCCGUACUUGGUGACACCGCCGCAACUGUCGGCGGCGGCACCACCCCGGUCGGUCCCGCGGUCUUCACGCCGACCGCGCGCCUGUUCGUCGGACCGUUCGCCUCACGGCGGCGGCAGCAGCCACCGGACGACGCCGCACUAG